AUGAGCCCUAUCUCAGAGAAGGAAAGAAAAAUUAUUCUAGAAUUUUGUCAUUUGCUUGAAAAAUCGAAGCAACUAUUUAAUGGAUUAAGGGAACUUACUCCUUAUGGAAACAAGCAAUGGCAAGCUCAUUUUGGACGAACAUUUGACAUUUAUGCAAAAUUGUGGAAAUUUCAACAACAAUAUCGUCCGAUUUUGGAUCUGAGAUACGGCUUAAAGCGUUGGCAAAUAGGUGAAAUUGCAUCAAAAAUUGGACAAUUAUAUUAUCAUUUUUACCUACGAACAAGUGAAAUCGCUUACUUAGUCGAAGCGUUUUCCUUCUACCUAGCAAUAAGGGGACGGCAAUAUUACAAUCUGGCAAGCAAAGAGGCAAAAUCCGAGCUGAUGGUAAAGAAAUUACGUUACUACGCAAGAUUCAUUGUCGUUGCUAUACUUUUGAGGCAAUCAGAGAUAAUUAAUGAACUACUAAUGGAACUAGAAAAACAAAUUGUUGCUUACGGACAAGCAUACGAUCCAAAUGAUCAGGCGGAAUGGCUAAAUGUAUUAGAAGAAGUAAGAGCAUUUCUAAACGCUGACCCAGGUGUGACUAUUUUAGACCCAGAUAACAAUAAUAGAAUUGUUACUUUAAGCGGUCGUCUCAGCCGUCACACGAUUCCAUCAAUUGAGCGAACUCUGCAAAUGAAUUUGAAACUACAAGACGCUAUUAUAAUAGGCAGUGGAACUCAGCUUGUAAAAUUCUCAGAGCUAACCAUAGAUAUGUUCCGUAUGCUACAAAAUUUGGAAUGGGAGAUCGAUGUACCUAUUAAAGAUCCAUCCGUCGAUUCUCCGCACGCUUCCGGUGAAACCUCAAAGACUCCCAAACGUAUAGGUGUUCCGUGCGUCGGUGGAAAUGUUAAUCCACAUAAAUAUUUGCUGUUCAAGCCAUCCGCAUGUCAAGUCGUGACAUACGUAGCUAGCACUAUUAACGAACUGCCACAAAAGGGUGUGUUACUCAUUUUCAUAUCAGCAGAUGGUUACCAUCCUCACCAAAAUACACACCCAGAAAACUAUACUUACGACAUUGGAGGUUUGAUUACAUCAUCUAAAUCUGAUAUUUACAGAGACUAUAACAGAGAAACGAAGUCUGUUAACAGUAAAUAUAAAAAUAAGCACAUUCUAUAUCCGGGAGAUUUACAGCCGUUCACCAGAAAACCAUUGGUUAUUAUAGUAGAUUCGGACAAUUCUUACGCAUUCCAGCAUAUUUCAAGGACAUUUGGAUUACCACUCUUGGUGCUAAUGUCACCAUUGUCGUUACCUGGCACCAUAAACGAUCGUAGUACCCAAGGAAGCCUGUUUACAUUGUUCUUGCACAACUCCAUAGCCGGUUUAUGUAAUUCCUGCGAAGUUUUCACAAUCAAUUUGGAAACGUGGGAGAAGUGUUCACAUUUGCGUGAUGUUUUCAUGAAAGAAGCUAUACGAUUGCUAAUGAGAACAAGAGUAGAUCCAACCUAUCACGCAUUCCUUGGUUGUGAAUUUUUAAGGCUCAUGAUACUGCGUUACAUUUUCUGCGAAUGCACUCUGCGCUUGCAUCGGGGAUUUCGUGCAAGGACAAAUUUACCGCGCGCUUCCCCUCCUUUACCUGACGAUCUAAUCGAAAACGGUGACUUGAUGUCUAUUAUUCUUGAUAUCGCAGAUUGUAUUGGGGUCCGGGAAUAUUUCUACGAUCCAUCAGCACCUGGAACAGCGCCUAGGGAUUAA